GAGAACAUUUGCGUAUACAUAAUGCCUCGCAUAAUGCAAUCAUUCACUUAUCACAUCAUCAAGCAUCCGAAACAAAGUUUUGUAAUUUCUCUACAAUUUGUGAAACGUUUUCGCUAUAAUCAUAUUGUUUAAAAUGUUAAACAAAAAAAUGUGUGUUAUGGGACUCGGCAUUAUUAUAAUUAUACUAGCUCUAAUAACAUGUGUCCUACCGGGAACUAUUUACAGUAGAUCGAUGGAUCCAUCUGAAUCAGCGGAAGCGCCAACAACAACCGAAGCACUUCCGCCAAUACGAAUCAUAUCCCGUCGAGAAUGGCUGGCGCAACCGCCGAAAGACGAUCUUACUGAAUUGAAUGUACCAGUUGGGCAGGUCAUCAUAAUGCACACCGCAAGCAGGAACUGUCGCAACCAGACGGAGUGCGGGGAGCGCAUUCGCAUGCUUCAAAAUUAUCAGAUGAGUCACAAUGGCUUCAGUGAUAUUGGAUACAAUUUUCUGAUUGGUGGCGAUGGAAACAUAUAUGAGGGGCGUGGUUGGACGUUUGUCGGAGCCUUCCUCAUAGGUCAAAAUGCUAAAUCUCAAGGCAUUGCGUUCGUCGGUAACUACAACCGCGAUACUCCAACGGAAGAUCAAAUGGAUGCAUUAGACGGGCUGCUAGCAAAUGGCAUUAGAAAUGGUUACCUUAAUUCUAGCUUCAAGCUUUUUGGAGCCCGUCAGUGGCAAGCUACGGAAAGCCCUGGACAGCAUCUAUACGAUCUUUUGAAGAGCAAUGAACAUUGGACUGAUGUUUUAUCAAACAGUAAAUAAUCUACUAAUGAGGCACGGUAUACCGUAUGUAUGCCGUGCUAAUGAGGAAGGCAGUAGGGCAGUAUGCUUGAAGUAACGUAGACUAUCAUAGUAGACUAUUGCUAUGAAUAAAGAAAUCGCUUUGACAGUACUAUCGAACCCGAACGGACGUUU